AUGCAGGUAAUCUGCGAUUACUACUACAGCCUAUUUGUAGGAAAGCAUUUGGAUAUUCAGCCGGCGCUAAUUAGUUCACCGGAAUAUUUGUUAAAAUUUGGUCCCGGUGAUUGCUCGGUUGACCAGUGUCCCUAUAAUUUCACUAUUGUGGCACAAACCGGUGCAGCUCACGUGCUACACAUUACUGAUGGUACCACAGAAAUUUAUACAGUGGUGAGGCCGAAUACUGUUAAUAUGCUGUGGCAAUUGCCGCAAUUCUUUGUUAUGACGCUCGGUGAAGUACUAUUCUCGGUGACUGGCCUGGAAUUUUCCUACUCACAAGCACCGCCAAAUAUGAAAUCGGUUUUGCAGGCAAUGUGGCUGAUGACCGUGUUCCUGGGCAAUGUAAUCGAUAUGCUUAUUUCUGGAUCACAUAUUGUCGCUGAACCGGCCACUGAAUUCUUUGUCUACGCAUUUAUGAUGAUUGUUGUGAUUGGAAUCUUCAUAAUGCUGGCCGUACGGUAUACGUAUGCAGAAGACAGGAACAUGCAAAUGAAGUUCACGGAGAAGCAAUCCCAGGGCAUCGGCUUAGAACAUGGCAAUAGCAGCACAGCAAGCAGUUAUGACUAG